AUGACAGAUACAAAUAAUUCAGACGAAUUAUAUAAUCAUUUAAGAUCACUUGUUUUUGAUCAGAAAUAUAUGACAGCUCGAGGAUUACGUGUUUUACGUGAAAAGACGGGUUUAGAUGAGUUUAAUUUGGCAGUUAUUAUUGGUGCUAUCACAUCCAUAUACUUGAUAAUGGGAAAAGAUGCGCAAAUAUUAGCAAAUGCAAUUCUUACGAUGACACCAAUCUUACUUACUUAUAUUUUUCCGGCCGAAAAACCACCCAUACCACAACUUCUUAUAUAUUGGAGCGCAUUUGGUCUAUUAACCGUAUUAGAUCCUAAUUUCGAACCAAAAAGUGGUUAUUAUUUUAUUAAAGUAGUAUUACUUGCACUUCUUUUCUUGCAUCCAUUUGAUGGCGCUGAUCGAAUUCUUUGGUAUAUUCGAUUAGCUCAUAGCGAUAAAAUUAAAGAUGAGCCAGCUAUAACUCCAUUUACCAAAGAAGAACUAUCAGAAAUGCUGAAGAACAUGAAUAGACAAUUGUCGCCAGUUGAAAUGACGAACUUAAAGGACACAACAUCUCAAGCGGUGCCAAGCGACCAUUCUUCUUCGUAUGAAAGCGAAGGCAAGAAUCAAAUGUUAUCUGAUCCCGAGUUCAGAAUUCAAGAUCAAGAGGUUACAAGUGCAGAAAGUUUAAGUGUGAAUUAUAGUCCGCAUGAUUUAGCAUUUGAGCCAGCAAAAUAUUUAAUUUUUAAUGCUCCAUAUGAUUUCGAAAAUCUGACAUAUUUCAUACGAAUUCAUAAUACAUCAACGAAAUAUAUUGCAUAUGCGAUUAAAAGUAAUGCGGUACCACGUGUUUUUGCAACACCGCCAUGCGGUAUUUUACCACCAAAACAAAAAUGCGAUAUUGCAGUUACCGUUAAGAAAAUGGAUAAAUUUAUUGAACAAUUAGUUCAAAACGAUCGGCUUGCAUUUGACUAUGUAUUCUGCCCACCUGAAACAAAACGAUUUAAAUUCAAACUGUUACAGACUGAAAUGCGACGAAGGAAAAACAUUUACAUCAAAUAUAAUCCAUAA